AAGUUCAAAACACUGUGGAACAACAUGAGCAAAGGGAAAACGAGCAAAUAUUACCAAAAGUGCAAGAAAGAUUUUCCAAAGCAACUAAAGCAUUGUCGGAGUGCAUUGUGUCUAUGGAAACGGUUAAUUCAUGGUAUUGCAUUUUGCUUUUCUCUUAUAGUCUAGGACCUGUAUAUGAGUUUGUAUGCAUUUCAUUUACCACAGGUAAUCUCAACUGUUUUAGGGUAAAAUGACCAUGGCGGUCAACAUGGCAUAUGUGCCAAAACCUGAAUCCGGGACGAAAGUCCUGAAAAUGACCCCGCCCUGAAACGGCAGUGCCGACAUAGCUCUAACUUCCGAAAAGCAAAAGCGACAGCCUUUCUGAAGUGCUUAUAGUGUUUAGAAGGGUUGCUUUUAGGGGUGGUCAUUGGAAGGAAAAAUUUGUGUAAGUAUAAUAUUUUACAAGAAAAUGACCAUUCAUCACCCCAGGUAAAUUGCUGAUUAUGCAGAAAAUAACUAAUAUACCUGGCAGAAAUUAAAUAUCCUUAUUUCCUAAAAAAAUUAUCAUGGGAUGAAAAACUAUGCUUAAUUUAGUAUAAUUAUUGUAGUUUUCAUAAGGAUAGUCACUGUUUUCUAUAAAUAUAAUAUAUUUUAUUUCACUUACCCCCCACGAAAACACGAUUUCAGCCAUAUUUUGCGCUCUUGUUUGCUUUAUAUCGCCGUGUCUCGCAAAUAACAUCCAGUUGUUGUACUUUUACAUAAUGGCAAAUGGCUAAAGAAGAUUACAACCAAGUUUCGGCAAGUUUUGGAGCAGUGCAGUGUAUUUUAUCUUCGAUAUUGUGUCCUUCGAUAUUUCGUCCAAUAUGCCGCCAUUUUAAUGGCUCGCCGAUUCUCUGCCCGAUAAAUGCCACUUCUUCGUCUUCAUAUGUAUUUAGAUUACAGUAUCCAAGAGUACUUCAUUGUAGAAUAGUCCUAAUCAAAAUAUUGAAAAGAUUACUUGCACUUGGAAGGAAAAAACCUCCCACAACAAAUUCAGGAUAGGAAUAAAAACAAAUCAUUUGAAAGUCACGCGCAAUCUUCGCGAAAAUUCCUCGACAGGGGGGGCGAAUAUUUUCACGAAACGUUGUUCGCCACCACAGCAAUUCAUGUUUCAACUAAAUACAAUAGUAUUUAUUGUAUUUUAUGAUUUAAAAAUAAAAAUUAAAAACAAUAAAUAUUUACGUAUUUUUAUUAUCAAUCAUAAAAAUGCAAUAAAUAUAAUAUAUCCAGACAUCCAGUUAGGUCGCUGUGGCGAACAACGUUUCGUGAAAAUAUUCGCCCCCCCCCUGUCGAGGAAUUUUCGCGAAGAUUGCGCGUGAUUUUCAAAUGAUUUGUUUUUAUUCCUAUCCCGAAUUUGUUGUGGGAGGUUUUUUCCUUCCAAGUGCAAGUAAUCUUUUCAAUAUUUUGAUUAGGACUAUUCUACAAUAAAGUACUCUUGGAUAUUGUAAUCUAAAUACAUAUGAAGACGAAGAAGUGGCAUUUAUCGGGCAGAGAAUCGGCAAGCCAUUAAAAUGGCGGCAUAUUGGACGAAAUAUCGAAGGACACAAUAUCGAAGAUAAAAUACACUGCACUGCUCCAAAACUUGCCGAAACUUGGUUGAAAUCUUCUUUAGCCAUUUGCCAUUAUGCAAAAGUACAACAACUGGAUGUUAUUUGCGAGACACGGCGAUAUAAAGCAAACAAGAGCGCAAAAUAUGGCUGAAAUCGUGUUUUCGUGGGGGGUAAGUGAAAUAAAAUAUAUUAUAUUUAUAGAAAACAGUGACUAUCCUUAUGAAAACUACAAUAAUUAUAUUAAAUUAAGCAUAGUUUUUCAUCCCAUGAUAUUUUUUUUUAGGAAAUAAGGAUAUUUAAUUUCUGCCAGGUAUAUUAGUUAUUUUCUGCAUAAUCAGCAAUUUACCUGGAGUGAUGAAUGGUUAUUUUCUUGUAAAAUAUUAUACUUACACAAAUUUUUCCUUCCAAUGGCCACCCCUAAAAACAACCCUUCUAAACACUAUAAGCACUUCAGAAAGGCUGUCGCUUUUGCUUUUCGGAAGUUAGAGCUAUGUCGGCACUGCCGUUUCAGGGCGGGGUCAUUUUCAGGACUUUCGUCCCGGAUUCAGGUUUUGGCACAUAUGCCAUGUUGACCGCCAUGGUCAUUUUACCCUAAAACAGUUGAGAUUACCUGUGGUAAAUGAAAUGCAUACAAACUCAUAUACAUGUCCUAGACUAUAAUGAUCGUAGUUCCAUUUAAUCGUAUAAGCCUCAAGGUUCCAUAUAAUCGCUCUCUCCUCCGCAGAGGCUUUAGUUUUCUUAGGAUUUAAUAUUACGAUGAAAUACAUUUCACUGCACUUUACAUGGCGGAUCUUGGAACACGAGCGUAGCCGCUGGGCGAAGGAGCGCAGAUCGUAUAACAUCAAGGUGACCGGCGUAUUGGAAUGCUAACAAAUGUUUGUAAUCAUGCAGUCAAGACUAAUUUGCCCUACAGCACACAAGAGAUAAGACAGUUCCAGACUAUUUUAUAUCGGUGACCAUGAUUUGGUCCCGAAAGUGUCGACCAAAUGGAAACCAGGCUUAAGGACUAUUAGAAUUAGAAUUAGAAUAGAAUAUAUUUGCUCACAAAAAUAUUUACAAUGGGAAUAUAGUUAAAAUACAAUAAUAUAAAGGAGCUAGGGACCUUUUGAAAUCCUGUUGGACUUUUGAUAUAAGGCCCCUAUAUUGUUUUGAUUAAAAUAAAAUAUAUGAAUCUAAAUUGGUUCAAUAUAUAUAAUACAGGGUGUAUCAAAAAAAAGGUAAUCGAACUUCAGCGCGCUAUUGUAUCUGAAUUACUCUAAGUAUGAACGAGAUUUUUUCACAUUCGGAAAGAUCAUGCUAUUAGCUGUUAAAUGACAUCUUCUUCAUGCCAAAUGGAUAAAAAAUGAGCAAAUACGAAUCCGAUAAAAAAUCUUAGUCAGAAUCGCAUAUUUUCACCGUUGAGAGUUAGGUCUAAAACCAUUGAAAAUGAAUUCCCUUUAGGACUUAAGUUGAUCAAUUUCACUUCAUUAAACUGCACACAUAUUCAUAAUCUUAGCUAAGCUACGACACGUUCGUGAUUAAUUGCUUUUUUCUUUUGUUAUGCAUUGUUUUAAUUAGACACAGAGGUGAAAAUAUGCGAUUUUAACUAACAUUUUUAAUCGGCCUCGUACAUGCUUAUUUUUUUUCCACUUGGUAUAAAAAGCAUGUCAUUCAAUAGCUAAAAGCCUGAUCUUUCCGAAUAUGAAAACCAAUUGUUCAUACGCGGAGUAAUUCACGUAUAAUAGCGCGCUGAAGUUCGAUUACCUUUUUUUUGAUACACCCUGUACAUGUUUUAGCUAACAAUAUUUAUGUUAACAAGUAAUUUAAUUUUGCUUUUUUCUUAAAGGAAAAAUACGAUUUUUGAUUUUUAAUUUCUUCAUCAAGACAAUUCCAUAUCGAAAUUCCCUUGUUAAAAACAGUGUGAACACGAUAGUUCGUCCUUUUGUAACUAACGUGUAAUUUUGAAGAGUUUCGAGUAUUAUAAUUAUGCAAUUCUUUAUUUUGAAUAAAAUGACAAUUGUAAAGGUUUGGCAAAUUUUGAUCAUAAUUCAUGCAGCGAUACAUAAAUAGACUGCAAAGAUGAUCAUUAAUUUUGUAGAUAUUCAAGAUUUUAAGAUUAAAAAAUAAAGGUUCUGAAUGAUCUGUAUAAGAUUUAAAACACAUUAGCCGGACAAUUUUCUUUUGUAUCUUUAAUAAAUUCUGUAAUCUUGUUGGAUAUGUAUUACCCCAAACUAGAUUUCCGUAUGUAAGGUAUGGAUAGACCAAUGCAUAGUAAAUCAAUUUCAAAGUGUUUUUAUUUGUAUAAUGUCUUAAUUUAGCAAUCAUACCUGUAGAUUUAGUUAUGCUUUUUAAAACUGAGUUGAUGUGGUUAGUCCAUGUCAACUUUUGAUCAAUAGUGACACCUAAGAACUUCACGGAAGGCACCUGCUUAAUUAUAUCAUUUAUUUUUAUUGUUAUCUGUGAAUCCAGUGAUUUAUUUUUGCACUUAAAAAUUACAAUUUUUGUUUUGGAUGAUUAUUUGCAUUGAGCCAUUGAACUACCUUAUCAAGUUCAUUUUGUAUAGUACUAGAUAAUGAUUUCAAGCAGGAAUUUGAAUAGAAAGCAUUUGUAUCAUCAGCAUAUAAAACAAAAGAAAUAAAUGGCAUGUGCUAAAACCUGGACGAUGGACUGGACGAUGGACUGGACGAUGGACGAUGGACGCUGGACGAUGGACGUCCAUCGUCCAGGUUUUAGCAUUUGUGCUAAAACCUGGACGAUGGACGAUUUUGAUUGUAGUUACAGCCGUUUCAACAAAUUCAGUCUCCAAAUUCAGUCUCCGGCUAUCACUUUGUCAUUAUAGACACUAUACUAUCAAUUUGACACACCUUAAUGACCUUACUUACUUACUUACUUACUGAAAUUUGAUUGACAGUUAAUUAAAUAGAAAUUUUACAAAUUUACAACAUUUUAAUCAAUGUUACAAUUCUCGACGUUGCACUUUAUCGUGGCCUUAGCCUGCGAACAGGCCCUGGGUUACGGGCGGCGCGAAGAAUAGAGGGCCUGCACGGAACUAUAGGUUUUCUUGGUAGUGGCGUUCGUAUAGAAACGCAGGCUUCUGAUUGGCUUACACUCGUUGACAAAAUUACUAAAAAUAGCAAAUGUCAACAACAGCAUUUUGAAGAAUUUGAACUUUAUUCAUUUUAAUAUUAUAUAUUAUAAGUCUUAUAAGACUAUCGAACAAAUAAAACUAGAAAUGGAAACCAAAAGCAAUAGCAAAGCAUCACAGCAAAAAGUCUAUCAUAAAUGACUUGAAUCUAUCGCUUAAAUCCAAUAUACGAAACUAUAACAGUAUUCUGAACUUCGUCUUCGGAUUGACAUCAGUCACAUCAGACUAAGUAUAGUACAUUUUGAGGUCGUCGUGGCUUCACGGAUUAUUCUCAUUAGUGAGCAAGUCAGCGAGCGAAGGUAUACAAAAGAUACCCAAAUGUGUACGAAUAAUUAUAUUGUUGAUCCUCGCUGGCAUGUCAUUUAGAUAUAAAUAUAUAUCGUACAUUAAACGCUGUACUAUUUACUGUAUAAACUGCUGACAAUUUCGUCGUCGAUACGGCUUCCACCACUAUGCUUCCACUAUUGGCACACUCGUGAUUUCGAAGAAAUUAAUAAAUACAUGCUCAUUUAUCAUUUAUUUAGACCACAGUUAGUAAAAUUUUAGACGUAUUCGGUAUUCCAAAUCCCAAUCUAUCUGACCGUAUUUUAGUAAUAGCUUCAAAUAUUCAGAACAAUUUUGUUCUUUCAGUCGCACAUAGUACAAGUAUUACUGUAUAUUGAUUCAAUGCCAAUGGUAGUAUUUUAUUCGGCUUUAUAUAUAUAUGUGUAUUGAUAUCUAUUUAAUAUUUGAAGAAUUCUAUAUUUUUCCGAGUAAUAUUUUGUGCGGCCCGCUAAUGCUUUGUAUUAUACAUUAUGUACACGCCUUGCGUCAAUUUGACAGUUGACAGUUUAUUUAUCGCAGUCGACGCUGAUUGGUUCGCGAUUCGCAGAUGCGAAAAGGGGAUGAUUGAAUAAAACGCAUGGUUCCGUGCAGGCUCACCUUUCUCCCAGUGAGCCUGUUCGCAGGCUAUCGUGGCCUGUGAUUAACGUUCAAAUCACCAUGGAAUAUACCUACUCAGAAGUUUUACAAGGUAAAGUAACAAUAAAAUUGAAAUGAAAAUGUUUUACAUGCAUUUUUUAGAUAUUUAUUAAGCACUUAAAUAUAUAUAUACGGUAAUUUAAACACCUCGUGUGUUGUUGAAACACGUGUAUUCAUCUUUCUUCAGGAAAAAGGAUUUCUUCUGCGAAGUUACAAGGAGUGUCAGACCCCGAAAUCCCCCAAAUCACUGGGCAAGUACUGUAUAAGUUAUAGUUUGUAGCAAAACAGUUUUCGUUUUCAAUGGGGCCUUCAAUAAUUGGCGUGCGUAAAUAACCGGACCGACAUUUGUACUUGUAGAGAAUCUUCUGCUCAAGCUACGACAUACGUACCAAGAAGUACUGAAAAAGGUUAGUAAAAUCGUUUUCAAACUUGAUAUUUAAGAGCUAGAAAUCUCAAAUAAUAUUUUGCAAUUCUAGAUUCUCCUUAUUACGUUUUCGUAGCGCUUUCCAUUGUGGUUAUAGUUGUAUCGCUGAUAAAUAUAGCAGUCUCGAAUGAAAAUAUUCAAUGUUUUCACAAAUAUUUGACAAGAAAAAAUCUCCACCCUCCACCACACUCCUCCUGCUUAGCAACAUUUUCGUGAAACGAAAUAUUCAUUAGUCAUUGCCCUUACGUCAAUAUUACCCACUGUGCCAUACCCUCGCUCCAACGUCCCUGUUUAUCCCUGUUUGAUUUCGGGUUAAGUGCUUGUAUGCGUUGUCAUGUGCAACACAAGCAGUACCGAAAAUAAAAUGGAAUGUCUUAAGACAUUAAGUAUAACUAAUUAACUAACUAACUAAUUAGGCCUACUUAACUUAUUAUUUAACUAAUUUGUGUUUCUUUUUCAGGCAAGAUGUGGAAGAAAGCACUAAAGAGGUAAUUAUAGAUUAAGCUUAAUGUGGUGCUAGGAAAUUGUUUGCAGCUGCAUGUUGCAAUUGAAUUCACAUAGUUGGUAGUUUGUCUAAAAGUGGAAAAAGGCCGAAAAACAAUAGUAUUGACUGCAUGUUGCAUUAUCAAUUUUACAGAGCUGUAGAUGAAGUUUUGAUAAUCUCCAGUGAUUCUGAAAGCGGAUCACCAAAUAAAAAGGAGUGAGUUGAUUUGAGUUUUUCCUUGGCUUCAACACUCUGUUUGGUUACUUAAGGUGGCUCAAUACAGUUUUUAUUAAAAAAUGGAAAAUUCAUGCUUUAGAUGCGUUUUUGUUGAAAAACAAAAAAGUACCUUAUUUAUAUAAAAUAACAUAUAUAAAAGAGUUUGAAUGUUUGCACAAAAGUUACGCAACUGUCGUUGCUAUGGCAACAAUGACGUUUCAAGAUGGCGGAUUGUUUGGCUUUAAAGUUAUAAUUUAACUCGUAAACGACAUCGGUGACCUUCAAAUUUUAUUUUAAAAACCAAUUUCGCUUAGUUUAUUGAAUCACGUUAACAAUUUAAAAAAAAUUCUGCAUUUUUAGAAUUACGUAAGGGUGAUUAUUCAUUAUAAUUUUAAAAUUGUCGACGUGAUUCAAUAUACUAAGAGAAAUCACUUUUAAAAAUAAAAAGUGGAGGUCACCGAUGUCGUGUACGAGUUAAAUUACUUUAAAGUCAAAAUAUCUGCCAUCUUGAAACAUCAUUGUUGCCAUAUCAGCUUUUGUGCAAAAGUGCAAGCUCUUUAGAUGUUGUUUUAUAUAAGUAAGGUACUUUUUGUUUAUCAACAAGUAAUAAUUGUCCAAAAAUACGCAUCUAAAUCGUGAAUUUUCCAUUUUUUUUAAAACUGUAUUGAGCCACCUUAAGUAGUAUUUAAAACACGAGAAGGAGUGUUUCAUCAUAUUUAAGACGCGAGGCGCAGCCGAGCGUUUUAGAUAUGAUAAAACGCGCGGAGUUCGAGUGUUUUCAAUAGCUUAAAAUACGACUACAAAAGAAUACUAAUUAGGAUGAACAAUUAUAUAAUCAUACUAAUUAGGAUGAACAAUUAUAUAAAGAAUACUAAUAAAGAUGAGUUUCAUCAUAUAUAAAGUUACUCCACGUGACAUAUUAUGGCUGACAUGAUUUGCUACAAGGUUUAUGAUUUUUUAAUGAGUAUUUUAAAUGUAUAUAUGUUUGUUAGCUUGUUACUUGGUAGCCUAUGGGCUUCACUGAAACGAAAAUGAACAAUGACAAAUAAUUGAAUAGCUGUAAUAUUGAAAUGUGAUAUUAAACUUAAGUCAAGAAAAAAAUGUGUUUCCAAUAUCCAAAACGUAAUUUAUUAUGUACUAUUUAAUAAACGAGCAAGAGUGUUUUAUUAGGUUGAAAGUGGCUUUGGACCCAAUAAAACACGACCUGCGAGUUUAUUAAACAGCUUCAAACACGACUACAAAUUCAAUAGAUAUAUUGCCUUAUUAGUAUUCUUUAUAUAAAAGAAUACUAAUGAGGACACGACUACAAUAUAUACUGCCUUAUUAGUAUUCUUUAUAUAAAGAAUACUAAUUAGGAGUGUUUUAUCAGGUUUAAAGCCACUGCACGUGACAUAUUAUGGUUGACAUGAUUUGCCAAUAAGCUUAUGGAUUAUUAAUGAGUGUUUGAAAUAGAUUAUAAUUAUUAGGAACGUCCAAAAUUGAGGGGGCGUAUCCCCCACCUUCAUGACGCCCUUGCACAAUCAGCUAGACCUUAAUUUGGUGGUUGUUAACAAGUUAAAUUUAUUUUGAGACAGAAAACGUUAGCAAACAAUAACCAAAAGAACAAAACGAAAUAAGUUGUCUUAAUAAAUGCCAAAAUUGCGAAACAAUACAUAGUCUAGCUGAGCAACACAAGCAAAAGUGAAAGAAGAAGAUCUGAAAAACAAUUAUAACAGUCUAAGUAUAAUGGGGCAGUGUUUUUUUGCAACAUUUGGUAACACGACCUCAGCCUCAUUGAAACUGGCAGCUGUGCCAAAAUGAACCCCAGAAAUGAAAAGAGCACCUCAAUAUUAGUAAAAGUGCAAAUAUGCAUCUAUUCAAUGAUAUAAAUAUAGAAGAAAUUGCAUUCAAUUUAAGAUUAAAAAUGUCACUGUUUUUGCGAUUGUAUGGAAAAUGCUAUGGUUGGAUAACACAUUUUAGUUUUGCGUUUUCAUCAUUUGUUUAUUUUUAUCUUUUAUUAUACGAUGGUUCUACUAUUAUGGCCUGAAAAAGGAUGAAAUCAGAUUCAAUUACUACGAUUUUGAGCGACACAGAAUUAAAUGAACCCUCGACGAAAAAUAAAAUUGGGGUCAAGUAAGUGCAGUUUGCAUAUCCAUGUUAGUCUAAUUAUAUACUGUAUGCCGGCGUGUAUACAUUUUUGGCAUGCAUGAAUUCUCACUUUUUGCUCACUGAUGAUAACUGGUACUAGUAUGCAACCAUAUGUUUCAAUUCCUGUUCUGUUAUUUUAGUGCUUAUGGAGGAAGCAUACGGCAACUGUUCAGGAACCCUCUAGUUUUACGAAGAGCAUCGUCACCAGUAAUGGGCCAAGUCCAAGUCAAAGUAAUUUAACUUAAAUAGCUUAAGGAUUAAGAAUAUCAACAGCCUGAACAUCGACAUUUCGAGGCAGAUACAGAUAGACUAGCUGUUAAAAAAAUUAACUAAAUUUAAUGACCACCAAAUAUCUUUUCACAUUUGGCCCUUUAACCAAACCUUUCUACAAGACCUUUCACAUAAGUCCAUGAUUCAUGAAGUUUUUCACCAGAUUUUAAGUUUUAAUAUGGGUAACGUUCUUAAUUUAAAUUAAUUAGCUGUGGAGUGGUAAAUAUCGCGGUGUGAAAUAUGAUAAUAUAGUUUGCUAUGCUGAGUGAUUUUAUUAGAGCGUGCGUGCCCAGGGUUUUUAAUCUGCUAGCUAGGAGGUCCAUAUCAUCUAGAGUCAGAACCUUCUAUUAAUCCCAUUGGCUGAUACUAAUGCUUUUGCACACAGGGUAGCGGAACUAUUCAAUUGAAAUGGUUAAUUGAUGAAAUUUUACUAUGUAGUCCGGAAAUUUUACAAUGUAGUCCGGUCAGAACUUUAGAUAAUCGACAUGCCCAUUUACGAUUGUUCUAGCUUACAGAAGUAUAGGUAACUACGCUUUAUAAUUAUGUCAAGGUCUUUAAGAGUUAAUUAUUCACUGGUGUAGAUAAUUCUAAACCUUAGGUGCCUUUUCUCAAUUCUAUACUUAUGUAAACUAGAACAGUGGUAACUAGGCAUGUCAAUUAUCUAAAACUGUGAAAUGGAUAUGAAAAAACUUUAGCCAAAUUCGUCUAUUAUAUGGAAACCAAUCCUAAUCGUCAACAAUUAUUCACUGUAGAAAGAAAAUGAUUUUCAAUCCAGAGGAAAAAUAUUCUCGCCAUUGAAAAUGGAGGAAGAGGAAAGUCUGGAUAAUCUUGAUGAGGAAGAGGAAAGUCUGGAUAAUCUUGGAGAGUAAGAGUUAAUUAAUUGCUAUAUAUUGUAAACAUUUGUCUAGUUUUUAGACACGUGCUCGUAUCUAAAAACAAAGGGUGAGCAGAGGGUGUGUCGGUCAGUUGAUCAGUCCCCACUUUACCCUUAUAUACUGUAUGAGGGAAAAUUUGAGUUGAUUAAUGCUUCUGGAACCAAAUAUGCAUGGCUGGGCAUGUGCAAGUUAUUUUGGGCCAAUAUAGCAUGCAUAAAAUAUUUUAGAAAAUGCAGUGUGAUGUGAUUACAGCAUUUCUUUUUUAGAACAGAAAGUACUGAUUCAUCUAGCAGCGAUUGUUCCAAUCCAGUGUUUUAUGACAAUGAUGAGAGUCUCCCAGUGCACGAAUGGGGAUUGGUCAAAGGGAAAACAAUUAUUGAAAUUGCUGAAAUUUUACUUAACAUCUCGAAAACAACGAAAGUCGCCACCACUGUACCAACCAACGUCAGUAAAAACACAACAUUUUUAAUUGAUGCCUCAUGUCUUGAUAAUAUAGAGGACUUAAAAUGCGAUGACCUUGGCGUUUGGCAUUGUACGGGCGUCAAAACAGACUUUUUUGAAACAAAAAGCAGAAAAGUUAAAAAAGUGGACACAAAGAAACAAUCAAAACCAGGAGUGUUUAAAUUCACGCGACGAUACUAUUCCAACGACAACGUUACUAGCCUGAAAAAGACCAUAACAACAGUGACUGAGGCUGAUCAUGUUUGUUAUCGCUACGCCUUCAUCCAAUAUAUAUUCACAGAUGGAGAGCAGACAGUGUGCCCAAGACCCCAUGCAAAAAACAAGACAAGCAACAAGCCUUACAUGCGCACUAAGAAAAGUACCUUGGAUAAAAUUAGAAACGAUUUAAGCACCCAUGACCCAAGAAAAAUUAUACACAAUGUUAUAGACGAUCUUGGAGGAAUCGAAAAAGUUAGGUCAGGAAGCGAUAUACCGAGGAACCGAAAACAAGUGUAUAACACUGUACAGUCUCUAUCAAAAUCAGAUAAGAUUUCUGAUCCGCUCGCUAACCUAAUGCAGAAAUGCAAGGAAGAAUUACGGGAUGAAAAAACUGCGUUGAUUCGCUCUGUUCAAGUUACUCCAGAACCUAUCAUAUUUCUUUCAACCGAACAGCAAUUAAAAGAUAUUGAAAGAUUUUGCACAAACCCAGAAAUGUUUUGUGUUCUCGGCGUUGAUGCAACCUUUGAACUUUGUGAUUACUACAUGACCUUUGUAACGUACCGAAACCCAAUGCUUAAAACAAAAAGUGGAAAUUCUCCAGCUAUUGUUGGUCCAGGGAUCCUACACAAAACUAAACUCGAACGCUCAUACCAGAUACUUGGAGCUGAAAUGGUGAGAUGGCACCCACCAUGCGCGGGCGUUCUUGUUCUAGGAAGCGAUGGAGAAUUGAAUAUGAUAAAUGCCCUGUUACGGACUUUUAGCAGUGCUGUACAUUUGAGAUGUGAUCUUCACAUGAAGGACAAUAUCUUGAGUAAGCUGUCUUCACUGGGCAUACCUCAUUCUCUAAGAAAAGAAUACAAGGCUGAUAUAUUUGGCAAAGGUGAAGAAGGAGGUCUUAUUCAUUGUUUAUCUCCACUGGAUUUCGACGACGCGUUAGGGAAAAUUAUUUCUACUUGGGAAGAAAGGCAUACCAAAGGAGCAGAAUUCGUUAAAUAUUUUGCCGAGAAAAAGGCGGCAGACAUGAAAGAAACGAUGACGGUCGAAAUACGCUCUCUUUGUGGUUUGGGAUUUUCACCAGAGGUGUACACUCAGAAUGCAAGCGAGUCCAUGAAUAGAGUGCUGAAAGAAGAAGACCAAGACUGUAACAACACGAGAAAGGCAAAAAAGUCGGUGUGUGACAUUGUCGAGCGAUUCCAGAAAGUUGUUAAAAGGCAAGAACAGGAGCAGUUUAUGUCUGUCAUGAGAAUAGGAGAAUACGAAAUCAAAGAACGUUUUAAAUCCCUAGAAAUUGGCGAGCGUUACUUCAGAAUGAACGAAAGACAAAAAGAGACUGUGAAAAAGAAUUUCUUCAACUGUUCUUUGACGGAUAAGAAAUUCGAAAACACUUUUGAUGAACACGUAUCUUUACCAACAGAAGAAGCAUUGUUAUCGGUUCAGAUAAAAGAUUUCAAAAUUGGGACUGUACCCUUUCUUGUCUUAAAUGACAUGUACCAGGAUGCAGCAAACCUCGUUCGAGGCGAGAAUACUGUGGUAAAAUCACCUAGUUUUGAACCUGAUGGUAAAAACGAAGUAUGGAUGGUCGCAUCGAGGCGCGCACCUGGAAAACCUCAUAAUGUCACUGCUAGCAAAACUGGCAGGGUGGUGUGCGACAAGGGAUGUGUUGGAUGGCCGCAAUACAGUAUCUGUUGUCACGUAUUAGAAGUGGCUGAGAAUCUUGGAAUUCUCAGAAAAUUCUUGGAAUGGCUCCAAAAAAACAAAAAAACAGGCUCCACUACAAAAAUGGCAAAUGUCGGCAUGCCGAAAACGAGUGGACAGAAAGCUAAAGCGACCCAAAAGCGUAAGGGGAAUGCAAAAUGUAUUUCAGACGUCACGACUACCUUUCCUUGUGUAAGUAGAGUGCCUGAUGUAAUGCCACCAGCAGAAGCAGUUCGAAGUGAUACAGCAACUAACAUCGCGACAACCAACACGGAAGUUUCGGCAGCGCUCUCUACUUCCAGCACACCAAAACAGCCAACACUUUGUUCACCGCAAAGCUUGCCGACGAUGGGCUUUUUCGGGUCGGCGUUAACGCAUUUUCCUCAACAUACAGCACAGCCAUUCUUUCCUAUUCCGCCUAUAAACACCACGUUUACGUCGACAUUUCCUCUUCCUGUACAGCAGGAAACAGCCAACUCGUCAGAACAAGGAAUUCAGUCUUCUCAACCAGCAUUUCGUCCACAAAACAACGGAAGACCAGAUCCAAAUCCUGGGUCAUUUGAAGUAACGUUGUUACAUCUUUGCGAUCCACGGGUACAAAAAUGUCACGGGUGCGGCCAACCAAUAAGAAGUCCUGGUAUGAUGAUUCCUCCGCCAGGUGACAUUAUUGUAGUAACAAAGAUGAGGCGAGAUUUUUUUCUAACAAGUGGAGAGAAAAGGCAAGGGAAGGUUGGCAAUGUGUAUUUUCAUUGCCAUACAGAUUGCAUUAGAUCAAAGUGUCCCUAUUUCUUUCCGUCACUUCUUUAUGUGAGAGCACGUGUCAGAAGUUUACUUUUGUCUGUUCACAGACAGCACUUAGUGACAUCGUUAGGAUUUGCUGUUUAGAAUUAGUUACUGACUAUACUGUAAUGAUCAAUAACUAAAACGAAAAUAAAUUGUUUUGUUGUUAUUUUCAUGCUUAUUCAUUUUUUGCGUUAAAGAAAUAUUCAUUGACAGUUGUGCAUUUUCCCAUAUUGGAUCCUUUUUUGUUCUUGCGGUUUCAUUAUAGUUAUUUUGCGCUAUAAUCCUGAUAAUAAAUAUCAUUUAAGGGUUUCAUAUCGACGGAUAAACUCAAAAAUCAAUAACACCAAUAAACUAAAAUCAACGGUAUUCUACUGGAAAGGACUCGGGAUGCCACGCCCCCUUUUCUUCAAGGUGAAUUUUGAUGCAGCUGUAUAGAACUUUGAUGCAGUAUACAUAGGUGUUGUCGUGAAAUAUUACGUGUUUCGUGUACUUUAUACUCCACGCAAUUCGGGAAAUCCCAACUUCAAUUACUCAAGAUUUCAAAAUUUUCCCGUUGUGCGCGAGACUCCUACAAGUGUCUCCCGCCAUCGGCGCUCGACAUUCCCCCUCCUGCGCCCCAUGCAAUUGUAUUACUCUGGUGGCACCACUGACUGACUGACCUCGUAAAGGAUAUUUAGGUGACAGAAGCUGGAAAGAGUUUUAGUUGCUACAUUCGAUAUUUUCUGCAUUUCCACGCAAACGAGAAAGAAUGUUGGCUAUAUUCUGCCUGUGAGUUUGUCAGUUUGUUGGUUUGUUCGCAUCAAACGUUUUCUUAAUCGCCUAGUAAAAUUCCUUGCACGUGCUCGAAAUUUAUUCAUUUUUGCAGAAAAAUUAGGGCCAAACAAGGACAACAAUACCACUGUUCGAAUCAGCGUGAAAACUUGUAUUUACGGAUGGAAAAUUGAUUUCAAAAUUGAUUUCUAUUCUUGCGAUUUAUGGCCUUUGGAGGACAAGCCGCUCAAACUAAUCCUUCAUGUUUUCCGAAUUCCUUUUUUCGAGGAAAGUUUUCUUUCGAAUUAAUCUCGGACUCUCACGAUUGACUUUUUGCUGCGCCUUAUCUCUGGUUUUAUGCACCCAAUAAGGACAAAAAUACCACCGUUCGAUUUAGCGUACGAAAUUGUACUUACGGAUGUCAAAGUAAUGUUAUUACUAAACAACAGAAUUCUAGCGAUUUUAUAUGGCCUUUGGAAGUCAAGCGUGAUGGCAUUGACAAAUCGCUCAAAAUUAUUAAACUAAUUAAAAAUGCAGUACGUUCGAUUCUUGGUAACUUUGGUAUCGUUGGUUUUUUCGCUUUCAGCCGCAUACCAGUCAAUUCGACUCAUUUUUCUCGUCAUUUUGAUAGUAUUUUGAGCCCAAACUAUUUUAUUUUGAAGGUUUUAAAGUGCAGUUUUAAUUAGCAAAAUUGUAUUGUUAACAAGUCGCUCAAAAUUAUUAAACUGGUUAAAAAUGCAGUUCGUUUGAUAUAAUAUUGGUACACCAGUAUAUUCAUCUCACUUUUCUCUUCAUUUUGAUAGUAUUUCAUGUGCUAAAACCUGGACGAUGGACGUCCAUCGUCCAGCGUCCAUCGUCCAGCGUCCAUCGUCCAGUCCAUCGUCCAGGUUUUAGCACAUGCCAAAUAAUAUCACUACAGUUCUCAAUGUCAUUAAUGUAUAAAAGAAAUAAUAAUGGACCAAGAAUUUAACCCUGUGGGACUCCUGUAGUAACAUUCAUUUCAGAUGACUUAUGCUGUUUAAUUUUUACUAUUUGAGUUCUUCCGUUUAAAUAAUUCAUAAACCAUUGUAGACAUGUUCCUCUGAUCCCAUAGUGUUGUAGUUUGGAGAAGAGAAUUUCAUGGUUUACCGUAUCGAAGGCCUUAGAAAGGUCAAGGAAAACUCCUAAUGUGUAUUUACUUUCGUCUAAAGCUUUUGAAAUUUUAUCGGUUAGAUUUAGUAAGGCGUCUUCUGUAGAUCUAUUUCUUCGAAAACGAUACUGAUGAUUUGAUAAUAUGUUAUGUUUUUCUACAUAGUUAAAUAGUCGUUUGUACAUAAGUUUCUCUAGUAAUUUUGUAAAACAUGUCAAAACCGAUAUUGGUCUGUAAUUUUCAAAUAGAUUAUUUUCAUUUGCUUUGAAAAUAGGAGUCACUAGAGCUAUUUUUAGAAAAUUUGGAAUUUUUCCAGUUAAAAACGUUGAGUUUAAUAUAAAUAUGUGUUAGAGGUUUAACAAUUUCUUCGCCUAUUUAUUUUAAUUUAAGUUAUUAAUUUCAGUCAGUAAUUCAUGUUCUGUUACAGGCUCAAAGAACAUGCUUUCGACAUAAUUACCACUAAGGUACCUUUCAUGUGAUAUAUUGUUGUUCUUCGGAAUUUUUUUGGCUAGUUGAGGACCAAUUUUAACAAAAUAUUCAUUAAAUUUGUUAGCAAUGUCAAUGGGAUCAGUAAUGUUCCUAUUUGAAUUUUUCUGUAAAAAAUUGUCGGGAAGUUUUUCUCUAGAUUUAUUUCUAUUUAGAACAUUUUUUAAUAGUUUGCCAUGUCAUUUUCGUAUCGUUUUCGUACUUCAAAAAUUCAUAAUAAUUUUUUUUCGCAGUUUUAAUAACAUGAUUCAGUUUGUUUUUGUAUUUUUUGUACACUGUUUCAUUUCUAUGAGGUUUUUUUAAAAAAGUUUUAUAUAGCCGAUUUUUCUUAGAUAUGGACCUAAAAACACCAACUGUCAUCCAGGGACUUUUUUCAUGAUCAAAAGAUUUGUUUUUCAUUUUUACAAAAGGAAAAUUCUUAUCAAUUGCUGCUUUUAAAUUAUUAUGAAAAAUGUCAUAGGAUUCACAAGGAUCAUUUGUUUGAAACGUGUGUGACCAUGAUAUAUUUUAUAUAGAUAUAAAGAUGAAGCGAGACUAUCGUUGAUAGUUCUUUUGUAUCGUGUUUUUACCGUUUUCGAUUUAUUUUUAUUUGUUGAUAAGGAUGAUAUAUGAAAAAUUGGAAGAUGAUCUGAAAUGUCAGAGAAAGUUAAACCAUUUAUGCCAGCUUCUACCUGUUCAAGGUCAUUGGUAAAAAUAUUAUCAAUUAAGGUUGCAGUGUGCUGGGUGAUUCUAGUUGGUCUAUUAAUAAGUGGAAAAAAAAGAUGAGGUCAAAAGUUGCCCACAGAAUCUAUUUGAAUAGUCACAAUUAUCAGUUUUCAGGAGAUCGAUGUUAAAAUCUCCCAUAAAAUAUGUUAUCUUUUUUGUUUUGUCAACUUCUGAGAGUAUUUCGUUCAGUUUAUUUUCAAACAUUUCAAAAUUACCACUUGGUGGUCUAUAGAUAUUACCAAGGAUAAUAUUUUUUCCAGUGGUUGAAAUUAUUCAAUGAAUAGCGUUUCAAUUAUUCCAUCCUCGUUUAUAUUUAGGUCAGGACGUAGUUUGUAGUGUAGAUCAUUUGAGACAUAAAUACCUAAACCUCCUCCUCUUUUACUUACUCGGUUUGAACAAACAAAAUUAUAGUUGCUUAGGCCGAAAUUUUCACUGUUUUGUUCAUUAAGCCAAGUUUCAGUUAAACUAAUUAUAGAAAAAGGUUGCUUCAAAGUAUUUAAUAGAUGUUUAAUAAAUGCGUCAAACUUGUUAGCUAUACUUCUAAUGUUAAGGUUUAGUAUACUUAAAUUUUUGUAGUUUCAUCAUUAAUUGUGGGAAAGUCGUUCGGUGGAUGAUAGUUGCAGGUUACGUAUUCUGAGUUUUCCGUUAAGAUUUAAAAUGUCAGUGUUAGUGUUAAAAGGGUUAAAUUUUAGUUGCGUUAGUCUAUCCGUAUCCUCUUUGCUCGGAAUCCGAUUAAAAUUACCGAAAAUAAAAUUAAAUUCUAAAUCAUCUAUUGAAUGAAAAGGAAGCGAAUUACUUAAAGUGCUACUGCAGCGAAUUUUUGGACCUAGUUUUUUUUAGCUUAAAUACAAAUUCAGUCUUUUAGAAGCAUUUUGAUAUAUAUUUGACCAUCAUGCGAUGCUUAGAAGUUGCCAAAUUUAACCUCUGAAGUUGGUUAUCGCGUGCGAACUUUUCCGUCGCCAUAUUGAUGCCGUGUGACGUCAUAAGAUGAACGGAAACGAAGAUAUGAAGGUCGUAUUUGCAGUAAAUUAUAUGGCGCGUCAACAUAUUGCAGUGGAAUUGUUGUCUGUUUCACUUGUUUAUGGCGCAGAUAACUUAUUUUUAAAAAUCGAAGAACAAGUGCUAUAUCUUAUUGUUUAUUUGACGGCGGAAUGAUGGUUAGAGAUUCAGAUAAUAGGGUCAGUACUGCAUCUGGAAGUCAACGAGUAUGGACUCGGCUAAGUGACUAAGUCGGCUUUGAAAUACGAUGAUGAACCAGUUGCCUAAACAGCUUUUAUACAGCUUCACUAGACGAAGUGAUAGAGAAAUUAUAUAACGCCGCUGCAGAUAGGCAACUACCAUCUGUGACUGUGUUGGAGCAAUCAAGCGAUGGUACAAUACCUGUAAAAUUAGUGGUAAGUAGAUCCUUUUUAUUGCAUGUAUGUAUAUAUAAAUUGUAUUGUGCUCGCCUCGAUAUUGUGUCUGAACACAUCUGGUGUAUUUGUGUGUGACAAAAAAUAUAAAAACGUUUAUAAACACAAACAUAUUCAUAGCCUAAUAAUUCGCAAUACUCAAAAUGAUUUUGAUUUUGUUUUCAAUAGAUAGCGAUAUGUGUAAUUGGCAAUUACGGGCUGUGGUUCUAUUGAUGGCUAUAGUUUUACUUGGAUGGGAAACAGAAGAAAAUAAUUUCCAACAACAAAGACACAGCUGCCUUACGUUUGAACAGAAAAGCGGUCGACUUUAGUUGGAUUAGGCAGAUUGUGACUGAAUCAGUUAACCAUUGAGUCAAAAUUGUGCCACUGUGCAAUAUCACAUUUACUGUAAUAUUUUGAAAUUAUAUUAAUCUUCAAAGUCACAAAUAUAUUUCUCACAUAAUAGCGUACCAGUACAAUAUUAUACUAUUGUAUUAUUAUAUUUAUUGUUAUUUUAUACUAUGCAAUAUGUAUUAUUGAUAUGAUUGAAUAUAACUCCAAUGUCAUCGUUUCUCUCAAAAUAACAUCAGAAGUCUUGACGAAACUAGGUCAAGCCGUCAAGGCAUGCUGAAUUGUUGUCUUUAUUUCAAUCUCAAGAUGCUCUGGACAAGAAAGUAACUUAACAGGAGAUAGCCGGCUUUUUACAACCACAAAUGCUCUAAAACAUAAGAAAUGUUCAACACUUUAGACCAACAAUAUAGCAUCAUUUGCGCAAAAUAUUCACCAUGUGUCAGUGUGCGAACAUAUUAAUUUGUACUUCACUAUAAUAUAUACCUGAAUUAUUUGCCUUGCGUCUGUUAGUUGUACUUGUACUUUAGCCAGGGGAACAAUUCUAGCCAUCGAAAUUGUAUAAACAGUUUCUUCCUUCAGUAUUCUUUCCAUUUUACGAGGUUUUGUCGAUGAAAAUAAGAUAUAGCACGAAUCUUCAAGACGGGGUCAAUCAAAACACUACUAGGUUCGCAGAUGCGUGAAAACCCGCGGUGAAUGUUUACGGAUAAAAUUCACUGCCUUUCUUUCACUCUGUGGAUCUGUUUCUUUGUUGGGAAAUGGAUGCAUGGGUAUUCCUUCAGGCUGUUCAGAAUUCGUGCAAUAAUCUAAGUUAGAACUGCCAGAAACACGGCCUUCGUCUCCGCGUUUGUUGGUUUUACUAUAAUUUUAAUACGCCAUGAUAAAAUCGUGUUCAUCUUAUGACGUCACAUGGCAUCAACAUGGCCGAUCAAAAGUUCGCACAGGAAGUGCCAAAAAUGGCCACUUUGGAAGGCUAUAAAAUCGGUUUGAAUUGACCAAUUUCAAUUCCGUUUGUGGUAAACAGGUCAGGAAGGAAAGCACUUUUAAUUAAGCUAAAAAAAUGAGGGUCGAAAAAUUUGCUGCAGUAGCACUUUAAACAUGUGUCGCAUAUAUCAAUUUCCGUUUGUUGACAUCCGAGAGUUAAUAGGUAGUUACGAUCUACGACGCGGCCGGCUCGACGACGCGCUUUCAAAACAAAGAAAUUUGGUGUUUCCACAAACAAUAGUAUUAUGUGUUUUAUCGCCAUGUAAACCUACAAAGAACCUACAAAGAAAUUUGUCAUGCAAGACAAAAACUGUCAAUAAUUUGUGGUCCCAUGAGUAUUGUCAAACGCGUUGUCAUUCUCAACACAACGUUAGACAAUUAAGCAUUAUUACGUCUUUCAGGCAACGCGAAAGCUUAACGCGACACAAGAGGUGGCUAAAAGUCUAAAUUACAGCAAACAUUGCAUCGCUUUAGCCGAACUUAGCAUUUUGUAAGGUUAUUUGAAAGAGUCAAAUAUCUAUUACAGUAAUCGAAUUGCUUAGCGCUCAUUCUUGAGCUAAAAUUUAGACCGCGUCGUUGAGCCGGCCGCGUCGCAGAUCGUAAACUCCCUAAUUUCAUACACGCGGUGCGCGCAUGAAACCAUCCCCCGCAUGUCAGACAAUUUAUAGUUUUUUUCUUUUUACCUCAGUAUAGUAGAACAGGUAAAACAAAAUUUCUUACCUAGUGUUAGACUUGCCAUAUCUUGUGUAUAUUAGUAGUAUAAAAUAAGUUCGAGGGAGUUAUAGUAUUGAAAAUGUUAGUUUUGAUGCGCUUGAGGUUUGACUAUGAUCCCUCUUCCCCCUGUUCAAUUUUGUAAGGCUAAAAUGUGUAUAAUAGUCGGAUUGGUUUUGUGUUUUAUUGUUUUUCAAUAAUUUUCCCGCGAGUCAAUGCAACAUUGAAAGGGAGGAAGAGAGUUUUGAACGAGAAUUUGGCGAUUAUAGAAAACUAACGAAUGUAAGUGUCCCACUUUUCACUGUCACUGACUCUAGAAAUCUUUUUCAACAGAUUCAAGUACAUAUUUUCUCUACCCAUGGCUUUUGGGUAGCAUCAUCAUGUUCCGCGCAUGCGUGUAUGUUUCUCCUUGACCUUGACCCCAAUCGUGAACCCUAUUGUUCCCGAAACAUGAGGGUAUAAGCGGGGUUUUUUUCAGGAAUUGCAAUAUUUCAAAAUCCAGGCUUGGAAAUCCUGAAAAAUCAGUUUUAGUCAUGGAAAUUAAAAUUUUACGUGUACAAAAUUUUUACUUGUUUCAUAUUUCUUAGUCAUAAUAAAAAAACAUGAAUCACAGUACUGUAAGUAUUUUUGCGAGAAAACUGUGAAUCAGUGAAUGGUAUAGUUUCGGUAAAACAGCGUAUGAAGGUUUGACCGCGGUAUUUUCAUUAUAUAUUGCGCCUUUAUGUACGUUACCGUAACAAUAUUUCAGAAUUCCAGGUCAUGGACGUUUCUUGAAAAAUGGUCUUGGAGAGUCAUGGAAAAAUCAUGGAAUUUUGAAUGGGACAAGGUGUACAGUAUGAACCCUGAGUUUAGAACGAUAAGCUAUAAAGUAGAAGUGAAUAUGGUUACCUAAAGUAAACAUUCUUCCAUUUCCUAAAUCUUCGUUUUUUCUCUAUUGCAACGUCAACUUUUUUCUCUACAUUUUCAAUGUCAACCGUUUACUUUAUUUCGCCCCAGCUGUAACUUGGCGGUCAAAGAAUGCAUCGGCAAUUCCGCGAAUGUUUCAAAUGGGAUUUAGGAGCGACCUCAGAGGAGGAAUGAGGGUCUUCCCACAAUGCAUUGCGUCUCAUUAUUAUUCACAAUUACGAUUUUCAACGAACGUAUGGCGAAAGGUUGUUGAAAUACAUUGCGAUUUUGGCUUCGUAUAUCUCGUUUUUUCGAAGGUAUGUUUUUAUAUUUGUAUUAUUUAAGAACCUAAUUAAACUAUUUUUGACUUAUUUGGUACAGGAAUUGCUUUUUAGUUAUGCUAAUUACGUAUUGUAAUUAAGCUUGUUCCGGGUCAGUGGACACGCCAAUAAAAUGACCUUGAUAUAAUGCAGAAGCAAAUUCACUUUUUUUUUAGGAAAAUAAAAACAAAACACGUCAUCGAAUUCGGGAAGAUUUAUUUUUUCUACUGUUACUUUAAAACAUGAAUUUGCUCCACUAAACCGACGAGUAAUCGCGGUUUGAAAAUGGGGUACUUUUGCUAUAUUCUACCGCCGAUGGCGGAAAUAGACCGCCUGAUAUAAAUCAUCAUGGCGCGAAGGAAAUUAUUGUACUAUAAACACUAUUUUCCAUGAUAUAUAAUUUUGAAACAUACGCAUAUAUGUUCGUACAUAUUUCCCCCAGGGAAACCUAAUAAUAAAAGACACAGAAUUUCUCGUUUGAAAAAUUCAACAUCAAGCCGAACUUUGUUUCAGAGUCCAAAGCCAAGGUGUAUUUAAAAGUACAAAUGUUUUUACAAACAUAUUAAAAAUACAGUAUGAUUACACAAAAACAUUGUAUAUUUUUAAUGAAACAAUAUGUUAAUAAUGGGGGCUUGAGUUAUUAUCAUAGUGACAGUAACAUUGUAUUUUAAUGCUUUUUUGCCUGGGAGAAUUUCUGUGCAUAGGCAUAUGAGGCUGGUGGGGGCUUGCAACCCCUCCAGUCAGUGUUUAGUUGGGCAGAAUUCUGCUUUAAAAAUUGGGCAAUUGUUUUAAGAUUGACUUUAAACAGUAUUUCUGCUAGUCUGUAUAGGAGAUGUAUUCCUUCUAUUUUAUACCUCUUGUUCACAAACCAAGGGUGGGUUGACUACAAAAUUUUUGUAGUUCGCUAUAACUACAGCUACUUCAAAAAUAUGUAGUCAGCUACAACUACUGCUACUUUUGAACAAAGGUAGUUCGCUACUGACUACAGCUACUGCUUAAAAAAUGUAGCGAACUAUUUCGCUAUUUCGCUACUCUAUUUUUUUAGUUUUACGGCAUUUGGAGCAUCCACUAGCUCAGGCUGUAAUAUAACCUGCAACAAAUCGACUUACGAGUAGCAACAGUAAACAAAGAGGUUUAAAGCAACAUAUUUAUAAGCACUACAGUGUUCAGGAGUGCCACUUUUCAUUGCGUUAAAAUAAUCUUUACUGUAUAAAAUAAUCUUAUAAGCAAACCGUGUCUUAAUAUCGUUCUAUUCUAUGAACGAUUGCUAACAAUUUUAAAAGUAGCGAAUAGCGAUUUGCUGUUUGAAAAGUAGUCAACUACUUGGCUACUUUUAGGCAAAAUGUAGUUCGCUAUAACUACAACUACUCUUUUAAAAAAGUAGUCAAAAACUACUGGCUACUUGAAAAUUGUAGUUCGCUACAGUAGCGAACUACAACUACUUCGCUACUACCCACCCUUGUCACAAACUCAUGACAAUGUUGGGCAAUUUCUAUCCACCCGUACGCCAACAUUAUUUUUCAAUGCUGGGCAUUCCAGAAAACCUAUAGUACACAAAUUUCCUGGAGAAGCAUGCACACAAUCCGGAUCCUGGUAAAAAUCCAUGAGUUUCUUUGUUGUUGUCUAUUUGUGCUGGCACUAACAUUGCCCCUCUCACUUUUGCUGUUUGUUUUGUAGUUUCUUAUCAGAAAGAUGAAACGACUCCUCCAAAGAAAUUCCCAGUUAAACUUCAUAAAUGGACAUUUGAGGAAGAUAAAGCAUUCAUUGAAUUCAUAUCUGUUGCAGAAAAUCAUGCAAAUCAUUACGAUUGAAGAGGUUUACCAAUCAUGUAAUACCUCUAGAUUGUUUUAAUACAUCAUUAAGCUACAGCAAAAGCAUCACCUUUCAUAUACUGUAUCAUAUAGCAUCCAUGUGUACUGGUGAAAUGAAUGUGUGCAAUAUUUUAAAAUUGUAUGCAUAAAAUUUUAUUUUUAAAAACAUUUUAAUUAUCUUUAAGUACAGCAAUAUUAUGUUAAUAUUUUUUCGAUUUUAAAAUAAAUAAAUUUUAUCAACAUCAAUUAUGUAGUGUGUGAUCUUUUUAUUAAUUUGUGAUGAGCAAGGGAAGACUAUACUCUGAAUAUAAGCCCCCCCGUGUAUAAGCCCCCCCCCCCUCCUCAUGUAAGCCCAGUGCUUUUAGGUGGAGGUUUACGGUAGAUAGUCAAAAAACUGCAGAACUGAUAAGAUGGUGUCCAUAGGAUACAAUACUUAUGGUAUAAUCAGGGAAGUGACAAAAACACAUGCAGUACAGGAAAACUGGGGUAGGGCCAAGACUGUACCAUUAGAAGCUCCCCAGCUCUAUCCUUACAAAUAAAAGAAAUAUCAGUAUUACACCAGACACCAAUAAACAAUUUUUCAGCUUCUGCUAAACAUUUUCUUUCAAUAUUUUUUAACCCAUUGAGUGUCAGCACUCUCCCCCUGAUGAGUAAAUAGUCUAGUGUUAGACAGUAAAAUAAUCUGGCGUUAGACAGAGUAAAAUAAUAGACAACUGGUUGAUCAUUUGAGCAUAGAGAACUGGUUGAUCAGUAUAAAUCCUUGCAAUGCAUCAAACAGUAGUCAAUACAUUUAUAUAUAGUGUUGCGAUAGUGUUGAAUUUCCUCCAUUUCAUUCUUUACAACAAUGCUAACCACUGGGCGCUUCUUCCAUCAUUCGGUGUGUAUGAAUGUCUGUCAGGGCAAACAGAGUUUAUUGGUAAAUUAAAACAGUUAUACAAUCAGUUGGCUGAUGUAAUUCUGUUGGUGGAAGUACACUAUCCAGCUCAUCAUCUUGACUAUCUGGGUCACAUGGUGGGAUUGCUUUAGAUGUUGGUGAUGUUGAAAUGUCAAACUCCCACAACAUAACAUUGCUAUAUUCUUUGUUUAUACCUCCUUCCCGUAGAUCAUUAGGGUCGAAGAACUACAUGAUAUGAAAUAAAAAUACGUUUAAUACUGCUGUAUUUAUACAACAUAGGAGCACUUUUAUAUUUAUAUUUUUAUAUAAAAAUCAUCUCACCUUAAAAACACAACUAGAGUGAAUUUGUACCAGUGGAGGACUACCGCAAUCUGCGAACAUUUCAUCAAUUUUUAUCCCGUUAACCACAGCUGGACAAAGGACUAUUCUUCGAACUAUCUGUAUUAAAAACUAUAAACAUGAACCUCACGACAUUCAAGUUCAUCACACGGUAAUUCUUCCGGAAUCAAGAUUAAAGGCUGUUUUGACACACAGUGAACACACAGAAGCUCGUGUCCACCCAAAAACGAAGCUUUCUUUCCAUGCAUAGUGCAAAAAUCCACCAUUUUACAAUUUUUUUUCGAUAAAUCUUUUCUGAAUCUUUUGAAACCUCAAGGUGUACCGGCACAGCGAAAGCCGACCGAACAAUGACGGCGCAGAGCGAGAAAUCGAUAUUUAAAAAACCGCGUUGCAUACCGGUAUAGUCCUCACUCCUCCUCUGGAGCGGCCCAUUAGAAAAGUGAAAGAGGAUGGGGGGGGGGGACCAAAAACAAAUCGCGCAGAGGAAACAGAAAAAAAAAAUUCGUGCACCAAGAAAGUUUGAAAAAAGGAUUGGUGCAGAGACUUUUCAAUAGGGCAAAUUAUAAGUACUAGAUAAAACAUGAGCAGCCGAUCUUAUCGUACUUAAAAAUGACCCAUCUUAUGAGUUCAUUGGCGAAGUUAUUUUAAAAAUAAACAUUAUCUAAGCCGAGAAAAUCAAAGCUGAAGUUUAUGUAAAUCAGGACAAAUCUUUAUCCGAUUUACAAACAUUCAUUUCUUUAAUUUGUAUUUUCCUCGUGAAUUAUUAAUGAAUUUUUUAAGUUGAAAUAAAAGAAAAUUCGUGCAAGGGACUAUAUUUAAAAAAAAAUUAUCGACACAAGCAAAAAAAAUUACAAAAAUAUUCGUACAAAUUUAAAAAAAACCUUUUUAAUUGUCCGCACUUUGUGUUUGAAAUUACCAAGUUACACCUUUGUAUUACCACGUUACACCGGCCUACAGGACAGGAGGUAAUUGAAUUUGAUUCUCUAUUCUUCAUUCCUGUGUUUUAGGUGGGAGCAACCUGCCCAGUACUUAG